AUGAACUACCUGCGGCGCCGCCUGUCGGACAGCAACUUCAUGGCCAAUCUGCCAAAUGGGUACAUGACAGACCUGCAGCGCCCGCAGCCGCCCCCGCCGCCGCCCGCUGCCCCUAGCCCGGGAGCCACGCCCGGCCCCGCGACCGCCACUGCUGACAGGGCCUCCGCAGCUGCCCCUGUGGCCUCUCCGGCCGCCCCUAGCCCCGGGUCUUCAGGAGGCGGUGGCUUCUUCUCAUCGUUGUCCAACGCGGUCAAGCAGACCACAGCAGCCGCGGCUGCCACCUUCAGCGAGCAGGUGGGCGGCGGUGCUGGGGGCGCAGGCCGCGGGGGCGCAGCCGCCAGAGUGCUGCUGGUCAUCGACGAGCCGCACACCGACUGGGCAAAAUACUUCAAAGGGAAAAAGAUCCAUGGAGAAAUUGACAUUAAAGUAGAACAGGCCGAGUUCUCUGAUCUUAACCUUGUGGCUCACGCCAAUGGUGGAUUCUCUGUGGACAUGGAAGUUCUUCGGAAUGGGGUGAAGGUUGUGCGGUCUCUGAAGCCGGACUUUGUGCUGAUCCGCCAGCAUGCUUUCAGCAUGGCGCGGAAUGGAGACUACCGCAGUUUGGUCAUUGGGCUGCAGUAUGCCGGAAUCCCCAGUGUUAACUCUUUGCAUUCUGUCUACAACUUCUGUGACAAGCCCUGGGUGUUUGCCCAGAUGGUUCGACUGCACAAGAAACUGGGGACUGAGGAAUUCCCCCUAAUCGAUCAGACCUUCUACCCUAAUCACAAAGAGAUGCUCAGCAGCACAACGUACCCCGUGGUUGUGAAGAUGGGACAUGCACACUCUGGAAUGGGCAAGGUCAAGGUGGACAACCAGCACGACUUCCAGGAUAUCGCAAGUGUCGUGGCACUGACCAAGACAUAUGCCACUGCUGAGCCCUUCAUCGACGCCAAAUAUGAUGUGCGUGUCCAGAAGAUUGGGCAGAACUACAAGGCCUACAUGAGGACAUCAGUGUCAGGGAACUGGAAGACCAACACUGGCUCUGCAAUGCUUGAGCAGAUCGCCAUGUCUGACAGGUACAAGCUGUGGGUAGACACAUGCUCAGAGAUUUUUGGGGGACUGGACAUCUGUGCAGUGGAAGCUCUGCAUGGCAAGGACGGAAGGGAUCACAUCAUUGAGGUGGUGGGCUCCUCCAUGCCACUCAUUGGAGACCACCAGGAUGAAGACAAGCAGCUCAUCGUAGAGCUCGUUGUCAACAAGAUGGCCCAGGCCCUGCCCCGACAGCGGCCGCGGGAUGCCUCCCUGGGCAGGGGCUCCCACAGCCAGACUCCAUCCCCUGGGGCCCUGCCCUUGGGCCGCCAGACCUCCCAGCAGCCCACAGGGCCGCCGGCUCAGCAACGACCCCCACCACAGGGCGGCCCUCCACAGCCGGGGCCCCCGUUGCAGCAGCGCCUGCCCCCGCAGGGCCAGCAGCACCUUUCGGGCCUUGGACCACCAGCUGGCAGCCCCCUGCCCCAGCGCCUACCAAGCCCCACAUCGGCGGCCCAGCAGCCUGUCUCCCAGACCCCACCGCUGACCCAGGGUCAAGGCCGCCAAUCCCGGCCGGUGGCGGGAGGGCCUGGGGCGCCUCCAGCAGCCCGCCCACCUGCCUCUCCCUCGCCCCAGCGUCAGGCAGGUCCCCCACAGGCUACUCGUCAGACAUCUGUCUGUGGUCCGGCUCCUCCGAAGGCCUCAGGGGUCCCACAGGGUGGGCAGCAGCGCCAGGGCCCGCCCCAGAAGCCUCCAGGCCCCACUGGUCCCACGCGCCAGGCCAGCCAGGUGGGCCCUGUGCCCCGCACCGGGCCACCCACCACACAGCAGCCACGGCCCAGCGGCCCGGGCCCUGCUGGACGUCCCACCAAGCCUCAGCUGGCCCAGAAACCCAGCCAGGAUGUGCCGCCACCCGCCACCGCUGCUGCCGGGGGACCCCCGCACCCCCAGCUCAACAAAUCCCAGUCUCUGACCAAUGCCUUCAACCUUCCAGAGCCAGCCCCGCCCAGGCCCAGCCUUAGCCAGGACGAGGUGAAAGCUGAGACCAUCCGCAACCUGAGGAAGUCUUUCGCCAGCCUCUUCUCCGACUGACACCCCACUCUGAGAACCCCUAAAUCCCUCUCUGGGCAACCCCUCUCUGGGCCCUGAAUCCAUUUGUCACUUUUGGAACCUCCAAAUCCCUUGAGAACCAUUCUCCCUGGUUCUCCAAGAUCGCACUUCCCAUUCCUUGAGAUCCCUAAAUCCCUUGAGAAGCCUCAGUCCUGGUCCUAAAUCCACUUCUCACAUUGGGAUCCCCCGGUCCUUUAAAAACCCUACUCCCUGGUCACCUCAGUAUCUCCUUCUUGGUUUUAGAACUUCCAAGUUCCUGAAGACCUCUGCUCCUGGUCCCCCCUGUGUGCGUGCAGUUUUCCUUCCCGGAAGCUCUCAAAUACCAGGCAACCUCUUUGUGGCCCUACCACCCAGUCUCCUCCUGAAGCCCUGAAAUUCCUGGAAAACCCCACUCCUGGUCCCCAAUCUCUUAAGCGUACCUCGUUCCCCCUCAAAAUUUUCCAACUCCUUAAGAAACCCCUCCUUUUGAACCGCUUUCCAUGGAUCUCCUCUCUCUGGAGAGCCACAUCUUCAAAGGCCGCCCCCCAGGCCCAGGAGGAUUUCCGUUCACCCUCCCUCAACCCCAUUCAACACACUUGGGAACUCCUCCCAUUUCUAGGGCCCCUCAGUUCCCCCAGGGACCACCCCCUCCCCAGUCUCCUGCCUCUGACAGCUGUCGUGAAAUAUGCAAACUCCACCCACCCUCCCAGAAUCCUUUGCACAUGGAAGGCCAGUGGUCCCCCACUUCCCCACCUUUGCUGUGAUGUCUGUGUCUGUGACUGACGUGGCCUCCUCUUGUGCCGUGCUUGGCAUAUGUGGUCCUCGUUCACCGUGCCGCCUGUGGUGACACGUGCAGUGAUGCUGUUUGUGUGGUACGCACCUCCCACAACCUCCACUCCCUGCCUGGACUGACCUCAGCCCCUCAGCAGCUCUGAACCCCAAGAGAAGAGUCGGGAAACAAAAUAAACAAGCAAAGUCCUAGCA